CAUCAUCAUCAUCUAUUCACCUUCUUCUUCAUUCAUCAUCAUUUCAUUUCUAACAAAAACCCUAUACCGACUCAACGCAACGCCAUUUCACAACAACGAACAACCCCAUAACCAAAUUCAAACCAUUCAACCAUGGCAGGACCCGUUUCACAAGAUUGGGAACCCGUCGUCCUCCGCAAAAAAGCUCCUACCGCCGCUGCCAGAAAGGAUGACAAAGCUGUCAACGCCGCUCGCCGUGCCGGAGCCGAUAUCGAAACCAUGAAGAAACAUAAUGCUGCGACAAACAAAGCUGCCUCUAGCAGCACUUCAUUGAACACUAAGAGGCUUGAUGAGGAUACAGAGAAUUUAGCUCAUGAUCGAGUCCCAACUGAACUCAAGAAAGCUAUAAUGCAAGCCAGGACGGAAAAGAAGCUUACUCAGGCACAACUUGCUCAAAUUAUCAAUGAGAAGCCUCAAGUUAUCCAGGAGUAUGAGUCGGGGAAAGCCAUUCCAAAUCAGCAGAUAAUUGGCAAGUUGGAGAGAGCUCUUGGUGCCAAGCUGCGUGGGAAGAAAUGAGAAAAGCUAAUUUGAUGGCUGUGUAUGUAGUUGGAUCUAUUUUACACUGUUGAAGCUAAUCUGACGGCUGUUAUGUAGUUGAAUUUAUAUAUUUCACUGUCCUUGGUUGGUUGCUUUUGCAUGCAUGCCUGAAGCUUUCACCUGUUCUAACUUAAUGCUGCAGUGACGUAAAUAAAGUUGUAUUUUCAGCAUAAACUUAACUUUUAACCGUGACAAGGGAUUGGACAUCAAAAUAUAGUGUUCAUAAAUUAGUAAUUUUCAUCUGUGGAUAUGUUUUA